AAUGAUCCCUGAUGAGAAAUACGGAAUUGUAAUUAAAACAGGAACCACAUUAAAUGGAAAUAUUUUGAUUAAAAAAUAUGAAUAGGUUCCAAAUAUAAUGGAAAAACAUUUAAUACCAAGGCCUAUUUAAAUUGUUUACAUAGAAUCAAUUGAAGAACCAUGGCGUUAAUUAGCUUUGGAUUUGGAAAGAAAAUAUGUAGCAUUAACUUUAGAGAUGUAAAAUAGAAAAUUAAAUGGAUAUUAAAAGACUGAAAAUUGUUAGGUUACAUAAAAUGAUGUAAAUUAAUAAUGUGAUGAAAUAGAGAUUGAAAUAGAAAAACUAGAAUAAUAAUUAAAGUAUAAUAUUAUUUUAUUAUAGAUAAAUGGAUGAGGAUUAUAAUGAUAAAAUGAAAUUGUUGUAAUAAUUAUAGGAAUAAGAGACAAGAAUUGAAUCAACAAGUUAUGAUUAAGAACAUUAACUUGAAGAAAUGAAAUAAAAGUUUAAAAAAUUAAAUGGAUUAAACAGUGAUCUCAAUGAAAAGAUUGUUAUGUUAGAAGCAGAAAAUGAAGCAAUAAAAAAGAUGUAAACAACAAGAAAGAGUAUAGUAACAACAACUUCAACUAAAAAUCAAAUUCAUGUUCUAUGA